CACAGCCUCUGGCCAGAAGCCUCAUCAAUAAAACCCAACGCCUCUGCCCCAUUCUGGUCGCUUUUCUAGACCAAGUGCGCACAUUCACACCUUUCGCCUCUUUCAGCCCAGCUCGUCUCCUUGCUCACCCCCCUUUUUAGACGUUGAUAUUCUGUUCAUAUCACUCUCUUCACCCUUUUAAGACCCGUCUGAAACCGUCCCAUCACAAUGGAGAAGCAAGGUGUUCCCAUGAACCAAUACCCUGUCACGCCUGACGUUACCGGCCAGCAGCCCAGCGCACAACCUCCUGUUUAUCAAGAUCCCAAUCAGCCACCGGCGCAGCCCCAUAUGCAGCAGAACCAGAUGUACGCGCAGCCGCAGAUGCAAUAUGCGCAAUCGCCGCCUCCACAGCAGCCUCAGGGCGCAUAUAUGCAGCCCCAACAGCCUGCACAAUUCCCCCAGCAGCAACAACACGCCCCUGGAAUGCCGCCGCAGCAACAGAGCGGAACCGUUUACCAGAAUGCGACGCCCAUCGCUUCGCUCAACCGAUCGCCAGCCCCGGCUGAUUGCCCAGCUUGUGGACAGCGUGCUAUGACAAAUGUUUCGUACGAGAUUGGAAAUACCACACAUGCCUGGGCCCUUGGUCUCUGCUGUCUCGUCUGCUUGGGAUGCAUCCCGUACGUCAUGAACUCGCUCAAGGACGUCCAGCAUAAGUGCGGCCGCUGCGGUGUCUUGCUCGCUACCUGGCAUCGUAGCGGUACCACCGAAGUCCAUAUCCACUCUUAGAUGCAUAUCGCAUGCACACCGUGUGUGUAUUCCAUACAAUGAAGGAGUGGUGGAGCAGAACAAGGGGUGGACGUGCGUGUGGCUGUGUGCAUGGGGAUUGGUCCGAGAAUACGUGGGCGAGGGGCCAAUAUGAGAUACCAUAACAGGGCGUUGGAGUUGCCUGCUUUGCAGCGGCCUUUCUCUAGGUUCUGUCCAAUUUUUUUUUUUUCAAUCUAUUUGUUUUAAUGGAAACCGAUGCUCCAUCGAUCAACCACAUGUUACAAUGAGAGUAAUACUUUUGGGGGGUUUUCUAGCAUGAUUGGGCUGGGCUGAGCUCGAGAAAAUACAAAUUCAC